AUAAUGAACAAAAGUAAACAAGGAGAGAACCUUCCCCACCCGCAUGCGGCGACCUCUCUCUCUCUCUCUCUCUCUCUCUCUCUCUCUCUCUCUCACGCACAUACAGAGGAAUCGGGAAAGAGAGCUGAGGAGUGAGGAGUUCGAGCUAGUGGGUUGCUGUCUCAACUGUUGUCUCAGCUGUGUCCUCGCAGUGAAGGAUCUUCCGUUGCUUAGAGCUGCCGCCAAAUUUCCCACCUGCCAAACGCUGGAGUAUCCCUUUUCUUCUUCUUCUCCUCGAUGGCCCCUCCCAAGAAGAAGAAAAUCAAAAGGGAAUCGAGUAAACUGAAAAAAUGCAAGAGCGUAAACUCGGUUCCUGCAGAACCCAAAGCCGCCGAUUCCGACUGGUGGGAUAGCUUCUGGCACAAGAACUCCUCCGUCCCAGGCUCAACAAUACCCUAUGAUGAGACAGAAGGAUUCAAAUAUUUCUUCAGGGCAUCAAAGAAGACUUUCAACUACAUCUGUUCCCUUGUAAGACAAGAUCUUGUGUCAAGGCCACCAUCUGGUCUCAUAAACAUCGAGGGAAGGCUUCUUAGCGUUGAGAAACAAGUUGCAAUAGCCUUGAGAAGAUUGGCAUCUGGUGAGUCCCAAGUCUCAGUUGGUGCUGCCUUUGGGGUUGGCCAGUCUACAGUUUCUCAAGUAACAUGGAGGUUCAUCGAAGCAUUGGAAGAGCGAGCCAAAGACCAUCUGAAGUGGCCCGAUUCUGAUAGUAUGGAGGAAAUGAAGUCCAAGUUUGAAGCAUCCUUUGGGUUGCCCAAUUGUUGUGGAGCCAUAGAUGCUACACAUGUCAUUAUGACACUUCCUGCCGUUCAAACCUCAGAUGAUUGGUGCGACCAGGAGAACAAUUACAGCAUGUUCUUGCAGGGAAUUGUCGACCAUGAGAUGAGAUUUCUUGAUAUAGUCACAGGUUGGCCUGGAGGUAUGUCUGUUUCCAGAUUAUUGAAGUUUUCCGGAUUUUUCAAAUUGUGUCAGGGUGGAGAGCAUUUGAAUGGAAAGUUGAGAACUUUAUCUGAGGGGGUGGAGAUAAGAGAAUAUAUUGUUGGUGGAGUCGGAUAUCCUCUUCUGCCAUGGCUCAUAACUCCUUAUGAAAGUACUGACCACUCAGCUUCCAUGUCUAGUUUUAAUGUGAAGCAUGAGGCUGCAAGGAUGCUUGCAGUGAGGGCAUUUUCACAGCUGAAAGGCAGUUGGAGGAUCCUUAAUAAAGUUAUGUGGAGACCCAAUAAGCGAAAACUUCCAAGUAUUAUCUUGGUAUGUUGUUUACUUCACAAUAUUAUUAUCGACAGUGGUGAUAAAUUGCAUUCAGAUGUUGCCUUGCCCGGUCAUCAUGACUCUGGUUAUGUGGAACAAUGCUGUAAGCAAGUUGAUCCAUUGGCCAGAACACUGAGGGAAAACCUAUCUAAUUACUUGCAGAAUGGCUGAGACCUAAGAGACUCCUAACAACUUGAUGAUCUCCCUUUCUUUGCUUCAAAGCUGAUGCUUCUUGUGGUUUUGAUCUGGCCUAAUUUUGAGAGACAUUUUGAUGAGACUGAAAGAAUCUGUGAACUGUAACUCAUCUCAUUCAUUAGUUUCAUUGGCCCUGGUAAAUCUCAAGUCAUGGGCCCUAGUAAAUCAUUUUGAAGACAGACUAUUUUUGCUACUAUUUGUCCUCUCUUUACAGAAA